CUUAUUUUGUUUUCUUGGAAAUUGGUAACCCUGAAAAAUUGGAAACUUUGCUCUGUUAAGAUGUUGCUGAUCUUUAACAUGGCUUCUGGUCUCUGAGUUUUCAGAGCUUCAUUUGGUUGUUCAAGAGCUGGAGAGUAAGACGAUUCUUCAAUGGAAAUAUAAAACGAGUUCCAAUUUUCUUGGUGGCUUAACCAACCCCAUAGAAUAAGGAAAUUGAACCAAUAAUGAAAACGUAUAGUUUAGUUUGUUUGCUUUUUCUUCCCUAGUAUUUUCUCUAGCACCUACGUAAACCAUUAUUUAAAACUUCUGAGCUAGCUGCUGCUUGUUACCUUCUCAGCUUGGGAUUUUUCUUUUAUCGAGGUUCUAUUGCCUGCAAUGAGUUUUCUGUCUUUCCCUUAAUUUUUUUCUUUUGGGUCUUAUGUAUUUUGGAUACACCAUGCCUUCAAGUUAAAUGGUCCAGCACCUGAAUUUUUAUAAUUUUCUGGUCUUAGUCUAUUCCAUAACAUCAUACUAGAAGCUGUACACAUAUUUAAUUUAGCAGAGCUCCUGUUGCUUAACUGACUUGUUUUGUUUUUGAAAUUAUACUAAAUGCAGGUACUCCCAAGCCGGUAAAGGAAAACCCAAAGGAGGACAAUGAUAAGAGAGGGAUGCCUUCUUCAUUUUUGGGACUGCUGCCCCUUGAGAACCCAGAUAGUUAUUGUGUGAUUAAAGAGAGAAUGACUCAGGCACUGCGCUACUUCAAAGAUUCAACUGAACAACAUGUUCUAGCUCAGGUUUGGGCACCUAUAAAGAGUGGGGGUCGGUAUAUGCUUACUACUUCGGGGCAACCCUUUGUCCUUGAUCCGCAUAGCAAUGGACUGCAUCAGUAUAGGAUGGUUUCUUUGAUGUACAUGUUUUCUGUGGAUGGAGAGAGUGAUGGACAGCUUGGGCUUCCUGGCCGUGUUUUCCGUCAAAAAUUGCCAGAAUGGACUCCAAAUGUGCAGUAUUAUUCCAGCAAAGAGUAUUCUCGGCUUGAUCAUGCUUUGCAUUACAAUGUUCGGGGAACCUUGGCAUUGCCAGUCUUUGAACCUUCUGGACAGUCGUGUGUUGGUGUACUUGAGCUCAUAAUGACUUCACAGAAGAUUAACUAUGCACCUGAGGUUGAUAAAGUAUGCAAAGCACUUGAGGCAGUGAAUCUAAAAAGUUCAGAUAUAUUGGAUCCUCCAAGCACUCAGAUUUGCAAUGAAAAUCGCCAAAAUGCACUGGCUAAAAUUUUGGAGAUUUUAACAGUGGUCUGUGAAACUUACAAACUACCUUUGGCUCAGACGUGGGUCCCUUGCAGGCAUCGCAGUGUUCUGGCUUAUGGUGGUGGUCUGAAGAAAAGCUGUACAAGCUUUGAUGGUAGUUGCAUGGGACAAGUCUGCAUGUCAACAACUGAUGUGGCAUUCUAUGUUGUUGAUGCUCACAUGUGGGGUUUUCGGGAGGCUUGUCUUGAGCAUCACCUACAAAAGGGUCAGGGGGUUGCUGGGAGGGCAUUUUUAUCGCGCAACUCAUGCUUUUGCGCAGACAUUACCCAAUUCUGCAAAACUGAGUACCCCCUAGUACACUAUGCACGCAUGUUUAGAUUAACCAGCUGUUUUGCAAUCUGCUUACAGAGUUCUUAUACUGGAGAUGAUGAUUAUGUUCUAGAAUUUUUUCUGCCUCCUGCUAUUGCUGACAGCAAUGAACAACAGACUUUGUUGGGGUCCAUACUGGCAACAAUGAAGCAGCAUUUCCAAAGUCUUAAGGUUGCUUCUGGAGCCGAACUUGAAGAGGAUGAAGGAUCUAUCGAAAUUAUUGAAGCUUUUUCAGAUGAAACGCUUGAUUCAAGACUUGAAUCUAUUCCAAUUCCUCCAUCUGUGAAGUCACCACCUGUGCCCAACACUUCACCAAACAGAGGAGAACUGCAAUUAGACUCAUCAAAACAGCAAUUAAUUGUGACUUUUGACCCUGCAACUGAUGGAGGCAAUGUUGUUGCUAGUGGAAGCCAAAAUCCUGUUUGUCUUCCACAGAACAAAGAUGUAAAAAAAUCAGAGAGAAAACGUGGGAAAACUGAGAAAUCAAUUAGUCUGGAGGUGCUCCAACAGUAUUUUGCGGGGAGUCUCAAAGAUGCUGCAAAGAGCCUUGGUGUUUGUCCUACAACAAUGAAGCGCAUCUGCAGGCAGCAUGGGAUCUCCCGGUGGCCAUCUCGUAAGAUCAACAAAGUCAACCGUUCCCUCACUAAGCUAAAACAUGUUAUAGAAUCUGUCCAAGGUGCUGACGGAGCAUUUGGUUUAACUUCAAUUGCUACAAGUCCACUCCCAGUUGCUGUUGGCUCCAUUUCAUGGCCAACCAGUUUGAAUGGGUCCAAUCAACAAAACUCACCGAACUCCAAACCUUCUGAUGCCCAAGGUGAAAAAUAUGAUUUGCCCACAUGUAGGACACCAGUAAGUAAUGGACAAGCUUUGGUGGAAGAUCAGUUGCUGGCAGGGAGGACAUUGAGCCAAGAACUUUUCCCUCAGCAGAAUGGGCCUUCACCGGACUUAAAUAAAGGGGCAAACAGAUCCAAAACAGGGAGUGGUUCAAGAGAAGAGAGUGCUGGGACGCCUACUUCUCAUGGUUCAUGCCAAGGUAGCCCUGCAAUUGAAAGUGCUGCUACCAAGGAUCCACUUAGUUCCAUCCAAGAGCAAUGCUUUAAAGCACGAGGCUCUCCAGAAUUGGCCUUUCAACCUUUAGGCGAACUGAAUAUACCGGCUACGUUCUCAAUGCCCGAAGCCCUUGUGGCAACAGAGCCUCAAGAGCCAUUUGGAGGUAUGCUAGUGGAGGAUGCUGGAAGUUCUAAAGACUUGAGAAACCUAUGUCCUUCAGCGGCAGAUGUUGGUAUUGAUGAGAGAUUUCCAGAAUCUAGUUGGACACCACCUCCAUGUACUGAUCUGGCCCUCAAGCAAGCCAUGGCUGCUUUUACUCAGACAACUCCCCAUGUAACAGCUAGGCAGGAAGUGAGGAGCGUGACCAUUAAGGCUACUUACAGAGAAGAUAUAAUUAGAUUUCGGAUCUCCUUAAGUUCGGGUAUAGUGGAACUGAAAGAGGAAGUGGCCAAGAGGCUGAAGCUGGAGGUGGGUACUUUUGAUGUCAAGUAUUUGGAUGACGAUAGUGAAUGGGUAUUGAUAGCCUGCGAUGCUGACCUUCAGGAGUGUCUAGAUGUUUCAAGAUCAUCAGGUCGCAAUAUCAUUAGGUUGUCUGUUCAUGACGCGAUGGCCAAUCUAGGAAGUUCCUGUGAGAGUACUGGAGAGUUAUGAUUAGGUUGUACAUAUAUUUAGACUGUCAUUCUUGUAGUCCUAGAAUUCUAGGAGAUUGACAGUGCAGAUUUUGGUUCCAAGAGCUUUCUCAAGUUGCAAGAAACUUUUCCUUUUUGAGCUAUAAAA